GCUGGAGCGGUGGUCCUCCGCCAAUCAGCGCGCCCCUCCCCUCCAACUGUCAGCCCAAGCUGGGGAAAGGUCUGGUGGGUGCGCGUGGAGGAGCUCGCCUCGGUCUGGGCACCUGCGGUCCGGACAUGGAGGGAGCGGCGGCGGCCACCGCGGUGAGGACAGGCCCGGGGACCCUGCCUGUCACCGGGGAGAACGGCGGCGGAGAGACCCGGCCCCGAGAGAGAAAAGUUUACAUGGAUUAUAAUGCAACGACUCCUCUGGAGCCAGAGGUCAUCCAGGCAGUGACAGAAGCCAUGCAGGAGGCCUGGGGGAAUCCCAGCAGCUCAUACCUGGCAGGCAGAAAGGCCAAAGACAUGAUCAAUGCAGCCCGAGAAAACCUGGCGAAGAUGGUUGGCGGAAAGCCCCAGGAUAUAAUCUUUACUUCAGGAGGAACAGAGGCAAACAACUUGGUGAUCCAUUCCACCAUGAAACUCUUUCAAGAGAGCCAGCGGUCGAGGGAACGGCCGGCGGAGCAGCAGCACGGCCUGGUCAGCGGGGCCAGGCCGCACUUCAUCACAUGCACCGUGGAGCACGACUCAGUCCGACUGCCCCUGGAACACCUCGUGAGAGAGGGGGCAGCAGAAGUCACCUUUGUCCCUGUGUCUAAGCUGAAUGGUCGGGCAGAAGCUGACGAUGUCCUUGCAGCUGUCCGCCCCACUACCUGUCUUGUGACCAUCAUGCUGGCUAAUAAUGAGACCGGUGUUAUCAUGCCCAUCUCUGAGAUCAGCUGCCGAAUCAAAGCCCUGAACCAGAAGCGGGCAGCUGCCGGGCUGCCAGGCAUUCUUGUGCACACAGACGCAGCCCAGGCUUUGGGGAAGAGGCGCGUGGACGUGCAGGACCUGGGGGUGGAUUACCUAACCAUUGUUGGCCACAAGUUCUAUGGCCCCCGGAUUGGCGCGUUGUACGUGCGAGGCCUGGGCACCGUCACCUCGCUGCGGCCCAUGCUGUUUGGAGGCGGUCAGGAGUGGAACUUCCGACCAGGGACUGAGAACACUCCCAUGAUUGCCGGGCUUGGAAAGGCGGCAGAGCUGGUGAAUAAGAACUGUGACAUUUAUGAGGCCCACAUGAAAAAAAUGCGAGACUACCUGGAGGAGAGAUUACAGGCUGUGUUUGAAAAGAAGAGAAUUCACCUGAACAGUCGGUUCCCAGGCUCCGAUCGUCUCUCCAAUACCUGUAACUUCUCCAUCAGUGGUCCACAUCUGCAAGGCCGGGCGGUGCUGGCUCACUGCAGGAUGCUCCUGGCCAGUGUGGGGGCCGCGUGUCACUCAGACCAGGGCGAUCUACCGUCACCCAUCUUGCUGAACUGUGGCAUCCCUCCUGACGUGGCUCGAAAUGCUGUCCGGCUCAGUGUGGGCCGGAGUACCACCAAGGAAGAGGUGGACCUCGUGGUGGAGGAUCUGAGGCAGGCGGUCACUCAGCUUGAAAAGAGCUCAGCCUCAUAGAAUGAGGAGCAGCUAUCCCCACGGGGAAGGCCGUGGACAAGGAUCGAGGUCCAACUGUAGUGGCCAGUGCUAGUCUGGUUAAUAUGGAAGACUUUAGAAAAUACUUUCUUUAAGAUGGAGGAAGAAAUGUAGGGGAAUAGUAUCUAUGAAUGUCUAUGUUUAUUUUUGCAUCGCUGCCAUACAAAGAUGUGGUCACCGAGACUGAUCUUUGAAGUUGUCAGAGAAGGAUGUGUUCUGUGGCCGCCUUUUCUCAGGGAAAGAAGCCAUGGAAUAUGCGUGUGGGCUUCUCACUAGACUGAUAAGGGCCCCUCUUUGGGGUCUCAGACAGUAAGAAGCCCGGGAGGCUUUUCUAAUGAGGGAAGUGUAACUGAUAGACCCAGAUAAGGAAGUCCCACCAGGUGCGGAUAGAUGUGAAAAUAAGCUGAAGCAAGGAUGCAGCUGAUGCCCCUCACAGGCCAUCCUCUUUGGAGCAGGGGAGGCAGUCAUUUAUUAGAAAGGGAAAAUCAAGGCUUUUCCCUAUUGUCAAACAAUGAGUAGUGAGACACAAAUAAUUGAUUUUUUUCCAAUUUGAAGUCUGUAAAUUCUUAGCUUAGAAUAAAACUCAAAACUUAAGGAAGCUGCUUAGUUAUGGUAAGGUCCAAUUUCAUAGCUGAACAUUAUGUUUUAUUUCUCUUUGUGUUCAAGGUUAUAGAUGCAAUUUUUCAUAGGAAGGUCUUCAAUUUCAGGAAUGCAAUGUUUUAAAACUUUGUAAAUUUGCACUCAGAAAAGAAAAAUAGCUUUAAAUCCAGGGGAAAAGAUGUUUCUCAACAUUUUUGUGUUUAUUCCACCUCUGGGGGUUAGCUGAUGUUUUAACCUUGCUCAGAAUGCCUUUUUCCCUUCCAAGUUCCAUCGAGUCAUAGUUUCUUUUUUUGGUUGGUUUUUUUUGGGGUUUUUUUGCUGGGCAAUGGGGGUUAAGUGACUUGCCCAGGGUCACACAGCUAGUAAGUGCCAAGUGUCUGAGGCUGGAUUUGAACUCAGGUCCUCCUGACUCCAGGGCUGGUGCUCUAUCUACUGUGUCACCUAGCUGCCCCCAGUCAUCUCUUUCCUCUUCCCUGAAGACUGCCCUUCCCUUCCCCAACUUGUUCUGUUCAUUGUAAGCAUCGUUUGCUGUCUGUAUCACUCACCUGAGCCGUGUACUCAUCAGUAAGUGAAUGGAUGAACAAUGAAAACAUUUAUUAAGUGCUAAGUGCUGGGGUUACAAAUAGAAAAGCGUGACUGUCUUUGUACUCAUUCAUUCAUUCAUUCUUCAUUCAAUCCCUUUCCCCUCAUCAAAGCCAACAACUCCUAUGCUUCCGUGGGUGGUUUGUUUGUUUCUUUUUUUUUUUAGUGGGGAAAUGAGGAUUAAGUGACUUGCCCAGGGUCACACAGCUAGUAAGUGUCAAGUGUCUGAGGCCAGAUUUGAACUCAGGUCCUCCAGAAUCCAGGGUCGGUGCUUUAUCCACCAUGUCACCUAGCUGCCCCGGUUUGUUUGUUUCAUGGGUAUGUCUCAAUCAGACUAAGUUCUUGAGGACAAGGCAAGUAAGUGUCUUCUGUUUAGUUUGCAUUUACCCCAGUGCCUGCUCCAGCCCCAGCCCCAGCUUUUUGAAUCAGUCACGAUCUCUCCUGGGGUUGUGUGUUACCUCUGGAAAGGUUCUUACAACUCAUCGUUCUCUUUUGAUAGAGGAGGAGACUGAGGCCAGAGAGAACCCUGCCCUGAAGCAACAGAGCAGCUGUCCCUGUCCAAAUCUGGCCCCUCAUCAGGACACUUGCCUCCAUAUAUAUCUUAAUUCUCAGAAACUGGAAAGGGCUGGAGGAGAAUCAGCCACGUUUCCUUUGUUCAGUGUCCUUUAUCCUCCCCUCUCCAUACCUGUAUUAGAAGACAGAGAGAAGUUCCAUGGGGUGACGUUGUAAGCACAGGGAUUGUUCUUGACACCCUAACAGAUCUUGUAGUCUAGGAAGCUUGAUCCCAGUGAACUCUAGGGAAAUUCUCCCCAAACCCAGAGAAAGAAAGCCAGGUGUUUUCCUUGCAAUUUGUGGACUAACCGGGUUCUACCAGACUUGUCACUUGUGCUGGGUAAGCCCCUGUCACCUCUACUUGCUUCUUGGAACCAUCUGCCACCCAUACUAAUGGCUAGUGGCGAUAGUGAUGUUCUUGGAGGGAGAAGAUGGGGGGGGGCGGAGCAGCAGAGCUAGGUCUGCUCAUGUCCUUGCUCAGGCUUGACCUCAGCUGAUGUGCCUUUAGCCCUGGUCUCUUUUGCGUCUAAGGGUCUGGGCUGACAGUUUAACAUGCACUGUGGGAGAGGGAUCUAAAUAGGAACCAUUUCUAACAGAUUGUUCAUUCCUAUUUUAAUUGUGCCAUCUUUGCUUGAUACUGGUGAAACCAUGGCUUGGUGAUUUUUCUAUUCACUUAAUAAAAUAUUUUAUGCUAAUAUAA